ACAGACAAGCUACAACCAAACAAAGACACCGUGUUCUUCAGGGAUGGAGUUCGAAGAAUAGACUUUGUGUUGUCUUACGUAGAUGACAAAGAUGGAGAAAAGAAACAGGAAAGGAGGAGGGAGUUUGAGGCCAACCUUGAGAAAGCAGGACUGGAGCUGGAGACAGAUGACAAAUCGGACUCCAAGGACCAAAAGACAUAUUUCUUGAAGAUUCAUGCUCCGUGGGAAGUACUGGCUACCUAUGCUGAUGUCUUAAAGAUCAAAGUUCCCUUCAAGGAGAGUGAUAUCCCCCAUGGCCAGGAUGUCCCACUGGAGUGGCUCUCACAUCCUUUCCGUCUGCCAGAGCACAUCAUGCGGCCACAGCCUGAUUACUUUACCUACCCCUUUGACAAGACCAAGACCGACUUCUUCCUCAUCACUGACAAGGAUACUUUCUUCCCGCCUUCCACAAGAAACAGAAUUGUGUUCUACAUCCUGGCUCGUUGUCCGUACUACAAAGAGGGUCGGAAAGAUAAAGACAAGACGGGAAUCAAGCGACUACUCAGCAACGGGACGUACACGGCAGCUUUCCCACUACAUGAUUGCCGAUAUUGGAAAAGGGCAAGAAAUGCCGAAUGUGAGAGUGAGCGCUACAACUUGUACAACCACUGGGCCAGGUUUCUCUGCUUUUACAAAGAGCAACCUCUUAACCUCAUCAGGAAGUACUAUGGGGAAAAGAUUGGGAUCUACUUUGCCUGGCUGGGCUUCUACACAGAGAUGCUGUUCUUUGCAGCUGUCAUGGGAGUUAUAUGUUUCACCUAUGGAGUGCUCAGUUAUGAUGACAACAUAUCAAGCAAAGAAAUAUGUGACGCUGAUAUUGGAGGCAGUAUUGUGAUGUGUCCACUUUGUGAUAAAAAGUGUCCUUUCUGGAGGCUCAACUCAACCUGUCUCUCAUCCUGGCAAUCCCAUCUGUUUGAUAAUGAGGGAACGAUAUUCUUUGCCAUAUUUAUGGGGAUUUGGGUAACUCUGUUUUUGGAGUUCUGGAAACGGCGUCAAGCUCGACUGGAGUACGAGUGGGACUUGGUGGACUUUGAAGAGGAACAGCAACAGCUUCAAAUCAGGCCAGAGUUCGAGAUCCGCUGCACUAACAGGAGACUCAACAAGAUCACUCAGGAAAUGGAGCCAUAUCUCCCCAUCACCAGCAAGUGUGCCCGCUUCUGCCUCUCAGCAGCCACUGUUAUAUUCUGGAUUUCUCUGAUAUUGGCCUGUAUUAUUGGGGUCAUAGCAUACAGGCUGGCUGUGUAUGCUGCCUUUGCAAGUAUCAUUAAAGACCCUAUGAGGAAGAUCCAAGUGGUGGGCAGAUUCAUCACUCCACAGCUAGCGACUUCAGUCACUGCCUCCUGCAUCAACUUUGUCAUCAUCAUGAUCCUCAACUUCUUUUAUGAGAGGGUGGCCAUUUGGAUCACUGAUAUGGAAAUACCAAAGACCCACCUCGAGUAUGAGAACAGGUUGACCAUGAAGAUGUUCCUGUUCCAGUUUGUCAACUACUACUCCUCGUGCUUCUAUGUGGCCUUCUUCAAAGGCAAAUUUGUGGGUCAUCCUGGUAAAUACUCAUAUAUGUUUGGCAAACUGAGGAAUGAGGAGUGUGACCCUGGAGGCUGUCUGAUUGAGCUGACCACACAGCUGGUGAUAGUUAUGGCAGGAAAACAACUAUGGGGGAACAUUCAGGAAGCUCUGCUGCCGUUGAUGCGUAACUGGUGGAGUAGCAGAAAGGGACGGCACAAUCCUGAGAACCAUUACAGCCGCUGGGAGCAGGACCACGUCCUGCAGAACUUCACUCAGCUGGGAUUGUUCUAUGAGUACCUGGAGAUGGUGGUCCAGUUUGGUUUCAUCACUUUGUUUGUGGCAUCUUUCCCCUUGGCUCCCCUCCUGGCUCUGUUCAACAACAUCCUAGAGAUCAGGGUGGACGCCUGGAAGUUCACCACCCAGUUCAGACGACCAGUGGCAUCCAAGGCCCGAAACAUUGGAGCGUGGCAAGAAAUCCUCAACGCAGUGGCCAUUUUAUCUGUUGUUACCAAUGCUUUCAUAAUGGCGUUCACCUCAGACAUGAUCCCCCGCAUGGUCUACCUGUAUGCCAAUGGUAAAGGAGUCAGCAUGAGGGGCUACGUUAACAACAGCCUGUCAAUAUACAACAUCUCACGGAUACCUGAAGAAAACAUGCCGGAGGAACAAGACUACUGGUUUGAUAACUCAACUACCACUUGCAGAUACCGUGACUACCGUUACCCUCCAGGCCACGAGAGGGAGUACACUCAUACCAUGCAGUUCUGGCACAUCCUGGCAGCCAAAAUGGCCUUCAUUAUAAUCAUGGAACAUGUGGUCUUUGUGGUGAAGUUCUUUGUGGCGUGGAUGAUCCCAGACGUCCCGUCAGAUGUUAAGGCGCGGAUUAAACGAGAACGCUACCUGAUUCAAGAGUACCUGCACAACUACGAGGUGGAGAGGCUCAAACUCCAGCUGAGUGCCAGUUUCAUGACAGAGCCACCGUCAGAAACGUCCUUAGUGGCAGACAAGCAUGAAGUGUUGUCUGAGUGCCUGUAGCUUCUGCUCCACACUUCCAACUAACCAAGCCAAGAAUGGACAUGCCUGGGAGUUUUCUCCUCACUGAGAACAUUCACAUACAAGGGCUCCUGUCUUUGGGAUAAAAACGCUAUUAUCUUUUCUUUUCUGAAUGGACUCCUGUGUUAGCAUCUAUAGCGAGGCAUCAGGAAAAAAUGCAGUGCAACAUUUCUCUUUGCUUAAAAUCAGCUCCGUGAGUGGAAAAAACAUUUCUGUGCCAAAAAACAAACAGCUUAAAGGUGUUGGUAAUGGAAAAUAAUAGCAAAGAGUAAAAAAGAUUGUAACUACUGCUUGUACCAUUCCCCAUGUAAUGCCUUCUAACUCUCCAUUUAUCAUGAGAAUAAUCUCUGUAUGUGCUAACAGAGUCAACGUCUAUGGUGUUGAACAUGUGACAUUAUGUGUAGUUUUCCCUUUAAAGAAUUGGUUAUGAUAUCACCUAUUUAAUUUUCUGCAUGUGAUUCUUCUAAUGAGAAUACAAGAUGAAGGACUCAACUGUUUAGACAGGAAGAUACUGUAUGUGUCAACUGUAAAACUGUUUGAAUGGUAAUUGUUGUUGGUAAAAACAAUAUAUAUCAUUUUAGGAAUAUAUGUUAUACAUCGCUUAUGUUUUUCUGUCAUUUAAGUAUGAAUGUAGAAAACACUCAAAUUCUCAUAAAUCUUCAAUAUAUCUAACACAAAACACAUCUAUAUAUUAAAAAACUAAUAGGCGGUGCUUAUUCUUCAGACAGCUGCACUAUGUUUCUUUUAAUGUUUUUUUUAUUUGUAGCUACAUAAUGUUCUGAUCUAUAGCUGGGCUAUAAGAUUGGCAGCUUAGUUAUUGUGAGUGUUUUUCGUUUGGAGUAAAGCUCUUAUAAACUGUGCAUUUGAGAACCAAGUACCUCCCUCGUACUGCAAUUGCACUGUCCCACCCUGAGUUAGGGACUGCACCAGUAAUAGCAGCUGCAGACUCAUGUUUUUCCAACUUGCUACGGGACCAAUUAUAAGAUUUCUAUCAUAUCAUAAAAUAAAACAACUACAUGUUAAAAAUGUUGGACAAUCUCUUGACAGACAUUCUGUUUUAGGACAGAUUUGUGCACCAGAGUCGCUCAUGUGUCGGCUUUACCCCUCCUCUUGUUACACGUAGAUAAUUAAUAUAUAUAUCUGUUUCACAUUAUUGGUGUCUCCAUAUAGUAUGGACAUAAACAAUCGUAUGCUUCAUUGUAGAGAUAUACCGAAAGAAGAACUGCUUGUACCUUGGUGGGGAUACACGAGAGUGAGGAUUUGGGUGACUCUAGCUGGUUACUAAGUUUUGCUGUAGAUAUAGAGAAUAUGCUAUCUAUUUAAAUGGGUUGUAGUGCAAUUAAUUUAUUGAUCUGCUUCUGCUCUGUUACUUAAGUUACUUCAUAAUCCUCUUUUUAAGAUCUUUUAAUACAUUUACUGCAACAUCUAAUUUCUUAUUUUGUUUCACAUCAUCAUAAAUGACUAUCAAGCAGUGUUAGUUCAGAUUGCUCUUCAAAUACACUAAAUAGUUACUAUAUAUUACUAAUUUGUCAAGGGACCAGAGAAGGAAAAAGCUCCUUCUACACAUUCUGUGGGAGACAAACACCAUCAGGCAUUUAUCAGAUACAGUACCAUUUUUUAAAUGUUCUUAAGCCUAACACGCAUUUAGAUAUUUCUGUUUAUGAUAAAACCUAUUUGUAAUUUACACUGUAAAUGAUGCAUUUGUGAUUUCAGCUAUCAGUAAAUUAUAUUUGACAGUGAAAAACUAAACCUGGCUUACUCAAAUCUCAGGAUGAAACAUCUUCUAAUGUUUGUUGAGCAUCACUUGUUGAUACAGUAUGCAGAUGUCAGACAUGCAGAAGGUUAGAGCAUGACCCUGCAAGGUGCAUGAUGUUACUUCCCAACAAAUGCCUUAAACGUCUGUGUUUACUUGUUUUUGUAUAAUUUUGUAAAGAGAAAAUUUCCUAUCUGAAUUCAUAACCUGUUUAAUAUCAUCUGUUGCUGCUGUUCGUUGUUGCAAAGUAGUAGUAGUUUUGUCUGGUUUGAUGGCAUGAAUUUCUGUUAUGUAACUAUUUAGUCAGUUACAUUCCAAGUUCACUGUAGCCUAUUGUACAGAAAUGAAGUAAAGCUGUUAUUAUUCACAAUAAAUGAAACAAUAACUAC